AAAUUCUCUUUAGCAUAACGGUUGUAGUUGAAGCCUCGUCCGUCGUGUUUUCUUUGGUUUUUGUUCAUUUAAUCGCAUUAAAACCGAACCCCAGCUGUUCAGUAACAGUUAGAUGAAGGUCCGGAGACAGAAACGCUACCAGAGAUGUAGCGAUAGGAGCUCAAACGGCGACUGGAGGUAGCAGAGCAAGAGGAACACAGAAACAUGGAUGCUGCUUUUAAGAUUCAGAUGGACAGAUUAGAAAUACACCACUAGUAAGAGCCAGGAGGGGUGUCUCUGCAGUGUCAAUCACGCUCCUGUACAUGCUGCCCAGCAACCUUCCCCCGCUCAGUGUUUACCGUCACUCAAGCUCAAGACUGCUGGUGUGCUGCAGCUGUGCUAAUGGCAGACAGGGAAACUAAUGUUGCAGGAAAACUGCCAAUUCCUCGAGUGGCGGCACCUGCUCAAAAAACAAGGAGAGGCAGGCGGAAGAAGUCCAAAGAUGAAAAGCAAGCUCAAAAGAAAGAACUGGACCGAGCCCGGAAUAAAACCAGGAUAAACAUCGGAGCGGCUUUUCUGAGGUGGAGGGAGCUCCUCUACCUGAAACGCUUCAGAUCCGAUGCAGAGUUAGCCACGUUUCUGCUAGACAAAUGUGAAGUUGGAGCUUUGACUUCCGUCAGCCAUCAGGCCGCCCUGUCCAGUUCUGUCGGCAGCUCAUCAUCAGAUCGCAUUUCAUCGCUGGACACUCAUGAUGACGUCAAUGAAAGUGACUUCAAUCACAUUCAGAACUCUGUCAUCGACUGGGCUGGGGACUGGACCCGGCCUCUGCAGGACGACGCUGGAGACGUUUCAGCUUCAGAGGAAGGGAGUAGCAUGGAGGAAGGCAGUUACCAUGACGACACUGAUGAUGAGGAGGAGGAGGAUUACAUCCCCCCUUUAUGCGUUCGCACUGCUGGUGCCGGUGAACAGAAGUUAUGUCUGGAUGCUCUUCCGGCCGUCGGCAUGGAGGACACAGUUCAUGACACUCUGGUCACAGAGUCAGCCGAGUCCCAACCAGUCCAGAGUGAGGAUGACAUCACUAAUCAUCCGGCAGCCAUCACCUAUCAUGUCUGUCUGGUGCAACUCGCUCAGUAUCUGCUGCUGCCCAUCCCAGUGUGUACGGCUAAAGACCCGGUGACACUGGUGGAGUGUCAGGCAACUGGACCAUUCCAAGUCCAGAUCAAGUCCAGAGGAACAGCUGUCAUCAUGCAGUGGAUGUGUUCUAACAAUCACUGUGUGUGGGAGUGGAACUCCCAGCCCACUUUCAAAGACGGGAUGCAAGCUGGCGACUUCCUUUUGGCCUCAAAUAUCAUCCUGUCUGGCAACAACUAUGCCAAAGUUGCAUUGCUUUUCAAGUUUAUGAAGAUGGGAACAGUGGAUUGGUCAACCUUCUUGAAAAUACAGGACACAUACUGUGUUGGAACCAUCAAGGACUUUUGGGACAGCAGCAGAGCUGAGGUCGUUUCCAGGCUGAAAUCAAAGGAAAAUGUUGUUGUACUUGCUGAUGGUCAUAUGGACAGUCUUGGGUCGUCUGCUCAGUUCUGCACCUACACCAUCAUGGAGAAUGAAACCAAAGAAAUCCUAUCAAUAGUCAACAUUGACAAGGGGGAGACACAGAGGCGUUCUGUGAUGAUGGAGAGGGAAGGCUUCAUCAGGAGCUUUGACCAAAUCCACCAGGAGGUUAAACUCACUGAAGUUUGCACAGAUUCACAGUCACAGAUAUCCGCUCUAUUCGACCCAGUCAAAGGAAAGUAUAAGGACAGUGGCGUGCUGCACACUCUAGACAUGUGGCAUGGUUCCAAAAACUUGGCCAAGAAGAUGCAUGCAGCAGGGCAGCAAAAGGGUUGUUCCAUCCUGCUGCACUGGAUCAAAGACAUCUGCAAUUAUUUCUGGUUCUGCUGCAAGAUGACUGAAAACUAUGAUAACUUUUAUGAGAUGUGGGCUGGCCUUCUUAACCAUGUAACAGGAGAACACGAGUGGCCCCUGGACGCCGGUCAGCGUCCGUCUGGGGAACGCAGAGACAAGGCGUGGAUAGAAAACGGGUCCGUGGCCCAUCAGGCUUUAUCGGAAAUUAUUCUGAAUCAACGCUGGCUUAAGGAAGUACACAAGUACUUGCACUUCAGGUCAACGGCUGAGCUGGAAUCUUUCCAUAACCACAUCCUGAUGUAUGCCAGCAAACGCUCCAGUUUCAGCCGUCCGGUCUAUGAAGCCCGGAUCUUCCUGGCUGGCCUGGAUUACAACCACCAUGUUCACAGAGCGCCCAAGAGAAAACCCGACGGCUCCGCAGAAUAUCGGAAACUGUAUAACAGGAAAUCCAGAAAGUGGUGUUUGUAUGCUAUAAAGGAGGAAAAGGAUUACCGCUACAUCCCUCAGAUUCAGAGGGCCAUUGUAGGGAAGCGGGUGGCAUCAGGGCGAGGUUUCCCUCGUCUUACUGCCACCACACAGAAUGACGCUCGUCAGUACGGCGUGCUGUUCGUUGCACCAGCUUCCAGCACACAGCAGCCAUUAAAGUCACAAGCCAGCAGGGGCCAGAUGUUGCUCGCAGAUGUUCCGCAGAUUGUGGUUGCUCUAGAAGAGGACGUUGAAGAGCCAAGUCCUGCUGUGGACCAGCAGAAACCAGAAGCUCCCCGCAUCAAGGAGGAACCAGAUGAUGAAUCUCAGUUCUCACAGCUUCAUCAGAAACAAGCAGAAGGCCGGUGUCUUCCGGCCAGCAGCUCGGAUGACAAGAUGGAGACCGAGGAAGAGGAAUCCAGCAGGAACCCAGAUCUACAUUCUCAUCGGGACGCUCUUGAAGAAAAGAAUCCAGGUGUGGACCAUCAGGAUCCAAAGCUGCUUCACAUCAAGCAGGAAGAGGAAGAACCUUGGACCGGCCUGGAGGGAGAGCACCUCAGUGAGAAGCAGACCGAUCCAUUUCCACUAAAUGUCGUUCUUGUGAAAAGUGAGCAUGAAGAGAAACCUCUGUUCUCACACCUUCAUCAGUCAGAAGAUGAAGAUCUUCCAACCAUCAGUUCAGCUGACCAGAUGAAAGCAGAAAAUGAAGAAGAGGACGGUGGAGCAGCAGAGUCCAGCAGGAACCCAGAUCAACACGCUGAUGGAGACACGUCCAGCUCUUCAGAGACAGAGGUCAGUGAGGAUGAAGAGGAGGAGGAUGAUGAUAGUGACUAUGAUUUUGAUGAUGAUGAUGGUGACAGUGAUGAUGAAGGGAGCCAUCCUGACUCCCAGCAUCAGCGCAUGUCAGACUCUGGAUCUGGAACUGAGGACAGUGAGACUGACUGGAAGGAGGGCAGAGGUCAGGAGUCAGGAGAAAACGCCGUCAAUUCAUUGAGGUGCUUUGAGUGCGGUAAACAGUUUGUUAACGAGCGCUCUCUGCAGAGACACAUGACCCAUCAUUCAACAGGAAGGGCUUCACGCCGGGCAGUUAAAAGUAAAAAUACUAAAGGGAAGAAAAAUGUCAAAACACUAAGUCCAGGGAAAGUCCAGAGUGAUGUCAAAUUAUUCACCUGUGAUGACUGUGGUAAAAGUUUCAGUUGGAAAAAUCAUCUAAGCAGACACAAGAGAAUCCACACAGGAGAGAAACCUUUUGGCUGUGAUGUUUGUGGACAAAGAUUCAACCAGAAUUCUAAUUUAAACAAGCACAUGAGAAUCCACACGGGAGGAAAACCCUUCGGUUGUGAUGUUUGCGGACAAAGAUUUAACCUGAAGUCAUACUUGCACAUACACAUGAGGAUUCAUACAGGAGAGAAACCGUUUGGUUGUGAUGUUUGUGGACAAAGAUUUAACCAAAAAUCCAACUUAAACAAGCAUGCCAAAAUCCACUCUGGAGGGAAACCGUUUGGUUGUGAUUUCUGUGGACAAAGAUUCAACCUGAAGUCAUAUUUAAGCAAACAUGUAAGAAUCCAUACAGGGGAGAAACCAUAUAGAUGUAGUGUUUGUGAUCAGAGAUUCAACCUAAAGUCACAUUUAAACUUGCACAAGCUAACCCACACAGGAGAGAAACCAUUUGCUUGUGACAUUUGUGGACAACGUUUAAUACAAAAGUCUGCUUUAAAGAAACACAUGAAGAUCCACUGUGAGGUAAAAUCAUUUGACUGCGAUGUGUGUGGACGGCGAUUCAACCAGAAGUCGGCUUUAAAAAGACACUUGAGGAUCCACACAGGUGACAAACCUUUUGGUUGUGACGUUUGUGGGCAAAGGUUUAACCAGAAGGCACAUUUAAACAAACACAUGACCCUCCACACAGGAGCCAAACUGUUUGGCUGUGAUGUCUGUGGACUAAGAUUUAACCUGAAGUCACAUUUAAUCAAACACAGUAAUGUCCACAAGGAUGGAGAAAGUGUUCAGAUUUAAAUGUUCACAGCUGUUUAAAGCUUUAAAGUUUAGCCAUUUUAUUUUUGAACCAUGAUUCUUUAAACUGUACAAUGCAACAGGUUGCUAAGAACAUGUGGGAUAUUACAGUACACAUCUUUUCUCUACUAGCUUACAGCAAUAGACUUUAUAAACUCUACAUGCCUGCUGCUGUCUAAUCAAAGGUUUCUUCACAAGAAUGCCAGUGUUUUUAUCUGUUUCUAUGAAAUUGAUAUAUAAAUAUAAAAAAAUGUUUUUUGAGCAUUGUGAAUUUCUUAAACUUUUAUUUUUGUUGUGUUGUGACGGACAAAGAUGUUUUUGUCAGAAUUUUGCAAGGUAAUUGAGUUAAUGUCCUUCAUGUCUUUCUCUCGUCUGCUUUUAGUAAAAGUGUUUGUUUUUUCAAAGCUGCUUUUUUCUUGUGUCUGGAGAAACUUCUGUGUGCCUCAUGGUCUGGACACAAACUGACUGGAUGGUUAUAACUGUCACAAACUGAGGACUUCAUGCAGCGUGAUUAUCAGCUGAAUAUGAAAAAGUAUUUUAUAUCAGAAAUUCUGUACAUGUAAGAAUAUUUUAAAGAAUUUCCUUCAUUGGACUCUUGUGCAACUUGUUAAAAUUUGUUUAUACUAUAAAAACAAGACUUAAUUUUCGUUGCCUGACAUUGAAUCAAAGUAAACAUUUUCUCUUCUGGGUCAAGCAGGAUGAUCAGAGCUUUUUAUAUUUGCCAAGUUUCAGCAUAAUAAAUGAUUUGGAAGAUUUUAAUCUCCUCACUCUGA